GAACACCGGGCAAACUUUACAAUCGAUGUGGUGGCUACCUACAGUGCAACGUGUUUGAAUUUGAUCGGCAGUUCUUUAAAAUCCCGCCAGCUAUCUGACUCAAGUGCUGUAGACACGCAAUUUUUCACGGUGUCAAAGUUCGUCGGAAGUCGGUAAAGGUCUCCCAUCCCGCCCGAGAGACGGCUGGUGUGCCCUGAUGUAGUGGGCCUCCUUCACCCUCCACACAAAGUAGUUGGGUUCAGUGCCCAGAAUAUUGAACCAUUCCAGAUGGCGUGGCCGUAGACUCAAUGUGGAUGUGUUGUCAGACCUCAGAAGAUACCUAUAGAACUGGGCCGCCUGUGUACUUGGAAUGUGGUUUUCAAUGAACGUUCACUUUCUCUCAUGGACACUUGCUGACAAGGCCCUCUGUUGGUAGUCCCUUGAGGCUUGAUGUGGUAGAUGGCACCACACUUGUCACAACUACUGUAAAUACAGGGUAAAGGAAUUGAAGUUAUGUUCUUCCGAUCGGAUGUCCCGGAAACCAGGCUCCGGAAGCAAGAAAUGUUCUCGCCACAGGUCUGCCUGACGUCACCAUAAUAGGUAAAGGUGCAUAGACAAACAGUUGACCUCUGCUCUGUUCUGACCUGAAUAAGUAAUGAACCCACACAAACAAUGCCCUUACUAGGAAGUACCAUGUGUGCACGAGGGCGGGGGUUGUGCAGUUUGGAAAGCGCGUCGGUUACCUGACUCAGUUAUGUCAACGGUUGUCUGUCUGAACGGGGAAAUGUGUGCCUGAAGAUUGAAAACAAAAAUGUUAUAUGGUACAAAUGGUAUAAUAUAAACAAAAGCAAGAUGAUUCUCUACCUUUUCACGAACACCCCUGGGACCAUGGCAAAAUCUAGUAAUUCUGAUCUGGUCAUUGUGGAAAAACUGGUUCAUUAUAAGCCUAUGCUGCAUUCAUACAAUGGAGGAGCGUGUAUGUAAUGGAGGGGCCCUCGCUGCUCUGUCCUUCACAUAUUUGUCGUGUAUUUUCCAUCGACGAAACUUUCACAGUACCUAUCUACCGUCUAUACUAUCAAUUGGCAUACGUUAGACCUGUAAUUAGUUAUUUCUACGACUACAACCUGACGUAACAUGGAGUUUGGUAGUAGUCGCGUCCUUUCGGUCGUUGCUUCAGCACCGAUCGCUUGAGUAGCGUACAAAAAUAUAGGGAAAGUGUUUCAGCAUGGACGGAAAGGUAGCGAUUGUCGGCAUCGGCUGCCGCUACCCGGGCGGAGUUAACACACCAGGGGACUUCUGGGCCAUGUUGGCGGAGGGACGGGACUGCACCAUCCCGCCUCCAGACGACAGGUUUGACACGUCGUUCUUCUGGCAUCCCAACAGAACGCCGGGCAAACUUUACAAUCGAUGUGGUGGCUACCUACAGUGUAACGUGUUUGAAUUCGAUCGACAGUUCUUUAAAAUACCUCCAGAUGAAGCAAACCAUCUAGACCCUCAAAUCCAACUGCUGCUGGAAGUGACCUGGGAGGCCUUGGAGAAUGCAGGAAUCCCCCCAAGAUCCCUCCGUGGCUCCGAUACCGGUGUUUACGUUGGUGUUACUUCAAGUGAAUACCUCAUGAUGACCGUCAACCCCUUUUCGAACAUCAGACAAUACACAAACUCUGGCACAAACUCAUGCAUGGUGGCCAACCGUAUCUCCUACGAGUUUGACCUCCAUGGUCCCAGCUUCUCUGUAGACACUGCCUGUUCCUCCUCAUUGUACUCCAUCCACCUUGCCAGUGAAGCUAUAAGAAAAGGAGACUGCAGCAUGGCCAUAGCUGGGGGUGUCAACUUGAUGCUGUUGCCAGGAACCACUGUAGGCUUCUGCCAAGCAGGGAUGUUGUCACCAGAUGGAAAGUGUAAGAGCUUUGACGCCUCUGCAGAUGGGUAUUGCCGAAGUGAGGGGGCCGGUGUAGUUGUCCUCAAGCCACUGUCAAGAGCACUGGCAGAUGGUGACAGGAUCUAUUCUGUCAUCAGAGGAGGAACCCUUACCAAUGAUGGGAGAACACCAGGCAUCGCGAACCCCAGCUACGACGCUCAACUGGACCUUGUUGAGAAAGCGUGUGCAGCAGCCAAAGUACAUCCUCAUGGUAUCCAGUAUGUGGAGGCACAUGGAACUGGUACCAAGGUUGGUGACAGAACAGAGGCAAAUGCGCUGGGUCAGAUUCUUGGAAGAGGACGAAGUAAGGAAGAUCCACCUCUCUACAUUGGCUCAGUGAAGUCCAACUUCGGACACACGGAGGGCGCUGCAGGUGUAGCGGGAAUCAUCAAGCUGGCACUCAUGAUCAGUAAAGCCCAGAUCCCAAGGGUGGUGCACUUUUCAUCACCAAAUCCGGACAUACAUUUCAACAUGCUAAACAUUAAGGUUCCCAGUUCUUUGGUACAAUGGGAGGGGGUUGGAACAAGGCUUGCAGGCUGCAGCUCUUUCGGCUUUGGUGGCGCUAAUGCUCAUCUCAUCCUGGAGGCGUCCCCAUCUCGUGAACAGCAUCCAGCCAUAGCUGAUUGUGACAGGGCCAUUCACAGUGGCAAGGAAGGAACAAGACAUGACUCAAACACCAUCAUGGUCCUGUCUGGGAACACAAAGGCUGCUUUGAAGGAACAAGUAGAACAUUGGAUCUCUUUCAUCGCAGACACCAUAGCUUUCAAUGAAGACCGCUUCUCACAGAGCCUGUACACUGCUGCAAACCGGUACCAACACCAUGCAGAAAGACUAGCAAUAGUUGUCAACGGGCCUCGUGAUGCUGUUGAAAAGCUCAACCUCUUGAAGAAAGAAGAAAAGCUGAAGACCGCUGUGGAUGGAAAAGUUCCCGAUGGAGCUGAGCGUGGCAAGAUGGCCUUCGUCUUCUCAGGGAUGGGAACGCAGUGGUGGGGGAUGGCCAGAAAACUUGCUCUGGAGGAUCCAGUGUUCAUCGACGUGAUACGGCGAUUUGAAGAUGUGCUAAAGACACUUGGAGCUGACUGGUCCAUAGCCGACAUGUUGACAAAGGAGACAGAUCCAGAGAAGAUCAACAGAACAGACAUCGCACAGCCCUGCAUAUGCGCAGUACAGAUCGGUUUGGUAGAGCUGUUGAAACAGUAUGACGUCAUACCCGAUGCCAUCAUUGGCCACAGUGUUGGAGAAGUCGCGGCAGCGUACGCUGCUGGUCUCUUGAGUUUUGAAAAUGCCGUGCGAGUGAUCUACCACAGAGGAAAGGAGCUCAGCAAGACAAGCGGUCAUGGCAAAAUGCUAGCCGUACUGCACCCAAUUCAGGAAGUAGAAGAGCUACUGGAAAAAGAGGAGAACAAGAACAUCAUCAAUGUAGCUGCCACCAACAGUCCCAACCAGAUUGUGCUCUCGGGAGAUGUCAGUGCCGUGGAUAGCUUCCACAACAAGCUGAAAAGUAAUGAUAUCAAAGGUGUUCUUCUUAAAGUAAAUAACGCCUUUCACAGCUACCAGCAGGAGCAAGUGAGGAAUGACAUUCUCACAAAGCUAAGCGUUCUUUCAGCUUCCACUAGAAUAACAGAAGCACAGAUCCCCAUGAUAUCCACGGUGACAAACAAAUGGCUGUCACCUGAGAUCACUAACACAGCCCACUACUGGUGGACAAAUAUCAGACAGCAAGUCCGCUUCAUGCAGUCAGCACAAGUUCUCCUGCAGGACGGCUACAGCACCUUUGUUGAGAUAGGAGCUCAUCCCGCCUUAAGUCCGGCUUUGAGAGAUGUCAUCAGCACCAUCAACUCUCGGAACACAAAGCAAAACAUCAUACCCACACUACUGCGGCCGCGAGAUACAUCUUCAGCAGCCAAUGACUAUGAGCACAUACUGGUGACAACAGGAACCUUACAUGUGAAGGGUUACCCGGUAAACUUCCGCCCUGCCUUCGAGGGAAAACACCGACUUGUUCACGACAUCCCAGCAUAUCCUUGGCAAAGGGUUCUGUGCAAUGCCGGGACAGAAGCCAGCUCAACACGAUACAAGUUUCCUCCAAGUUUGCAUCCUUUACUCGGGCAAGUACAGGAGACCGCCGAAGGGAGGAACAACCAAAAGUCAAAGGUUUGGUGCUCUAAUCUUUCGGAAGAAUCUGUACCUUGGUUAAAACACCACAUCUUAGAUGGAAACGUGGUCGUCCCCGCUGCGGCAUAUAUGGAGACAGCACUGGCAGCAGCGUCAGAGAUCUAUGAGGAUCAAUAUCCGCUCAUGCUGACAAACCUUCACUUCAAGCGUUUCAUGUUUGCUCCCACAUCAGAAGCAGUCAUCAAAUCGACACUUCAACACAGAAGUGCGAGUGAAAAGCAAUUUGGCCUGUACAGCAAAGAUGCCUCCGGUUCAUGGGUCCUUCAUGCCACGGCAGAAGUGCACAAGAGAGACAUGAAACAGUCAACUGACUCCACCAAUCUCCUUACAAGUGUUGCAGAAAAGUGUUCGAAAACUAUCUCAAACGAAGAGAUCUAUGAAGCUGCAAAGGAAGCUGGCUUUCAUCUCGGUAGUUCGUUCCACUGUGUUACUUCAUGCGCGGCAUCUGAGAGCUACGAAGAAGCCCUGGUUACCGCAGAGGCACCAGAAGAGAUUUCGCGUGAGUUUGGACGGUACAUCUACCAUCCUGCAUUCAUGGACACAUUUCUACACACAUUUGCAUGCUUAUCACUCCUCAAUGACAAACAUACUGGAAAGACACCAUCAAAGCGAGUUCCCUUCUCCAUGAAAUCUCUGUGCAUGUUCGACAAAAUGCCAUCAAAGGCCAGUCUCUACUUCAGAAUUUCAAGGAAAGGUGAACGCAGAGUGGUGGACAUCACAGUGACUGAUGUAAGCGGUCAUCAUGUCAUUUGCGAAGUCGAAGAGCUCAUGUUUGAGGAUAUCGAAGCAGGUUCAUCCUCUGGAAUCAGACUUUGGAAUCUUCAGUGGGAACCCCUUGUCCAGGAAGAACAUACGGAAGAGCAGGCACCUAAAUACAAACAUGUACUGAUCCUACAUGAAAAUGAGGGCUUUGGCUCAAGAGUGAGUUCAGCACUACAAGACAAGCUGGGAUGUGCAGUAGACUCGAUGAACCACAAAGUCCAGACUGAAGGUGAAGGCAGCAAAGGGGUUUUGACUGACAUGAUGCAAGAAUGCAAUGAUUUGGAUCACAUUAUUGUGCUGUGUGAUUCUGAUAAACAAGAGCAAACAGAAGAUCCAGAAAACCGCCAGGCUCAAAUUUUGCAAUCCUUCAAAUGCCUUUCCACAUUCAAGCAUUUUUCACAAGGUGAUAACCCCCCAACACUUUGGAUAUUCACACGUGGAUCAUCGUCGGUACAAGAGCAAGAUAUCGUCAGCCCGUUCCUGGCAAGUGCAUCAUCUCUCUGCCUAUCGAUAUCCCAAGAAUACCCACAGUUCAAGGUCAAAGCAGUUGACUUGACACCACAUGAAAGCUUUUCUGAUGCCGCCGCAGAGAUUCUGACUGUCUUGCAGGCCAGUCCGAGGGAAAAUGAAAUCGCGGCUCGAAGUGACAGUUCGUCAGGUCAUCAGCACGUUCAGUUGUACGCCCGAAGACUGAGCUCCAUGAAACCUGACCAGAUUCUCACAACAUGUUCACCUGAAGAAGUAUGGGCUUUUGACCCUAAACAAAGACAGAACGGAAAGAAGCUCUGCAAAGCUCAAACAAGUUUAAAGACACCAACACAAAUCGAAGCUACAGUUAAGCUUGAGGCCUUUGCCGUGUCCCCGUUCGCAGACCUGUUGGAGAGACAUGAUGAUAUGACCAAGGAUAUCCACAUCAUUUGCGGGACUGCACAUCACAUACCAAAGGCAAUGAUGAUCGAUGAAGGGUCAAGGGUGAUGGGAGUCGUCAUGGGCUGCAUCACUCCACAAAUGAACAUGCAGAUGAAACAACUGGUGCCUGUACCAAGUUCUCUCUCUUGGGACAAUGCAGUUGCAAUAGUCAAAGACUUGUUGCCAGCAUUUGUUUUCUUCCAGAAGGUCCAGACAGUAUGUGAAGAAGAUAAAGUGGUUGUAUUCCUGACAGAUGAGAAUGACAAGGAAGCUAUGGCUUAUGCCUCACUAGCACUACACCAAAAGGCCCAAGUCCGUGUUGUGGCAGGUGCAGUCGGAAAUGUUGGUAACACAAUCAAGUCCUGCUCACCUAUGUUAUCAACAACAGUCACUACAUUUGACAAGAUAGACGAAGACAUCCCUGACCAACAUGCGAAUGUUGUGUUCUUACCCAAAGGAGAUAGAGCAGGAGAUGUUGCCCUACAAGCUGCAAGGAAGCUGCAAGCCUAUGGAACUUUGGUCAAUCUGGGAAGUUCGCCAAUCCUGAUGGACCAACUACCAAAGAACAUCAAAUAUAUCACAGUGGACCCUUUGAAUAUUUGCUAUGGGGAAUCAUCCCUUUUUGCCAUUGCAACCGAUAUUCAACACCUUCUCUCAAAAUUUGAUCAGUCACAAGGCACGCUUUACUCACUCGCACCAUCUGUACAAACCACCACGGAACUGUCCUCUCUCUCGCAAACCUUGCACCAACAACAGAAAGCAUUGAAGAUACCCGACAUAGUGAUCAUCGACGCUGGGGAAGUUCAGCUGGGUCUAGACAUCAAGCAAAACCAGUUUCACGUUGUCGACAAUGCCACAUACGUUGUCACGGGAGGUCUGAAAGGCUUUGGUCUUGCCCUCCUGGAAUGGCUGGUUAAGAGUGGGGCACACCAUCUCGUCGUCCUCGCAAGAAGUGAACCAAAUGAUGAAGCCAAACUGAAGCUGGAGGCAUUCUCUGCAAAGUCUGUUGAUGUCAAGGUGAUGAAAGUAGAUGUUACCGACCGGAAAGCUGUUGAAGAAGCACUGGUGUUGGUGCGGGACACAAUGCCACCUAUAGAGGGGAUCUUUCACUGUGCAGCGGUUUAUGCAGACAAAUUGAUUGAUCAGACAACACAAGAUGACUGGAAAUCGGUCAUGCUUCCAAAGGCAGUUGGUGCUGUGAUCUUGCAUGAUGAAACAAAGAAGUUACAACUCAAGCUAAAAUACUUUGUCCUCAUCUCUUCAGUCGUUGCUCUAUUUGGUAACACGGGGCAGGUCGGCUACUGUGCAGCUAACAGCACACUGAUAGCACUGGGGGAAGCCAGACGACAGGAGGGUCUGCCUGCGACAGUCGCUAGUUUUGGUGUUAUCAACACUGUUGGGUUCGCAGAGAGAUCCGGUCUUGUCAAAAUGUGGGAGAAGAUGGGUGUGCAAAGCAUUUCACCGCAGGAUGCAUUGGAAAUCCUUGGCUGCAUGAUGGAAAACGGGUAUCCUCAUUUUGGGAUCACUGCAACGUUUGAUAUUCGAAAGUAUUGCAGUACCCACAAGUCGAUGGUACUGCAACACCUACAGGCUCCUGACACCAGCUUUUCCCGAUUCACUACAUUAGUACCCAGUGACGUGCUCAGUGGGUCAGUAUCCCUUUCUGACAAAAUUCUUGCACAAAGCAAAGAAAACGGCCUAAGCAUCAUACAAGGAGAGCUGAUUGCUUACAUAUGCCAACAACUUGGCAUCGAAGACCCGGCUGAAAUCACCGAUGAAAUAAGCCCAGUAUCCCUCGGGCUGGACUCCCUCUUGUCUGUGGACAUGAGCAACGAAAUAGCAGACAAGUUUGAAGUGACAGUUACAUCCGUAGAACUCCUGAGUGACAAAAUGACCGUCAAGAUUCUGAGUGAAUCCAUCUAUGAGAAGAUGCUCAACCAAGCGGGUAACCAGGGAACAACAAGUGGCUCCCACAACCCAGAGGCAGCUGCCGAAGUAGACUCGUGGCUUCAUUUCUUUGGUAACAUCCAAGACCCAACCCUUACACUCGUCUGCUUUCCUGCAAAUGGUGGAGGUCCAUCCCUCUUUCACCAGUGGGGAGAGCAUUUUGCAAAACACAACAUUGAGGUUGUGGUCGCCACUCUGCCGGGAUGGGAAAGUAGAGAAAAGGAAUCUCCUAUCAACAGUCUGCAGCACAUUGUUGGCACACUCGGGGCUCAAAUCAUGGAGAUGAUAAUGCUCGACAAGACGAUUGCAUUCUAUGGUCACAGUAUGGGUGCACUCAUAGCAUUUGAGGUUGCACAUUUGCUCCACGCGGAAGGCAGUACAUGCCCUUCUCAUCUCUUUGCUGGAGGAUGGUAUGCUCCAUCUCUACCCUACCCACAUCCACAGGAACUAAGGGUAUCGCCCAUUUUGUUUGAUCCUUCAACGGGAACACAGCAGAUCAUGGAAGAGGCCAGAGCAUUCUCCUUCCUCCCAGAAGCCGUUCUUAACAACCCGACUCGUCUGAGACGUCUGUUGCCAUGUAUCCAGGCAGGGAUAACAAUCUGCAAGUCGUACAUCUGCCAGCACAAUGAACCACUCCCGUGUAAUGUUGUUGCUUUCGGCGGACAGGAUGAUCCAUUCAUCUCCCCAGACCUGCUUGACAAAUGGAAGCUUGUUGCCUUCAAUGAAUCAGCUCCAACACAAGCGUUCAGGAAGUGCAUUAUGCAGGGUGGACAUUUCUUCAUCUCAUCUUCAAGACAGGACGUCCUCAACAAAAUCACUAGUAUCCUACAAGAGGACAGUGUAAUCGUGAAACCAUCAGACCAGAGAGACGUACCGAACGUGAUCGAUAUGCAACCAAGUCCGACCGAGAUUAGCACUGCUAUGACUCCUAUCCGGUCUGCACCUGUUAUACAUAAGGCAGCUGCGUAUCUCCAAUACCAACUGAAAGAUCCCCGUUUCAGCAACACAAAUCUGUACGUCAUGUUUCGUACAAAGAAUGUCCCUGCUGAUGUCGAAAGCUGGCGAUCCAUCUUUCGCCAGCUGAUGGACCGCCAUGAGACACUGAGGUCAACCUACCAUGUCUUGAAUGAUGCACAAUAUCACAGUGGAGUGCAGGCAAGGUACUACAACGAAAUUGAAGGCGCUACUGACAUCGACAUAUUGACUGGAUAUCAAGAGAACGAGGCCGAAGAAGAGGUGUUCCAGAGAACCAAAGUACCCUUCCAACUUGACAAGGAGUACCCAGCAAGGUGCAUCGUUGCCCCCACUGGAAAUAGGAGUGCUGUGGUUGGACUUGUCUUGCAUCACAUCGCAACAGAUACAACCAGCUUCAACAUACUAUUUAGGGACUUUGCACAAAUCAUGAAAUCAAAUUUGAGAAAGAAAUCUCUCCAGAAGCCGAUGACAACACUGACGUAUGGUGCUUUCAUACAAUACUACUACUCCUACCUUCAGCAGAACCAGAAGGAGCUACGAGAGUUUUGGAGGGCAGCCCUGCCUCCUACUAUUCCAUCCAUUAAUCUUCAAUUUGCCAAGCCGAGACCAUCAACCUUCUGCUCAGGAGGCGGCUCACUCGAGGUUAAUCUGCCCAAGGAACAGGUCCGCAGCCUUAUGGAAUACGCGAAGGCCGUUCGCACCACUGUGUACAGCAUUAUGGCUACCACAUAUCAGCUCCUACUGCACAUCUACACCAAACACGACGACAUCGUGAUCGCAUGUCCAUUUGACAUGAGGAUGUUAGCUCCACAAUUCUCCAAUGUCCAUGGUCUCUUUCAGCACCACUUACCAUUGAGUGCCUCCUUCACGAACAAAGAUCAGUCCUACCAAGACACCAUUCGGCAGUAUUGGCGCAAGUUGCAGGAUUGCAAGAAACAUGGCAUCUAUCCGAUAGAUGAAAUCAUGAAAAUGGUGUCGUAUGAGAAGCACCCAGCAAUGGAGCCCAUCAUGCAACAUAUAGUUGUUCAAAACGACAUAACUAGUAUGAACCAAAUGUUCAAUGGUGCCACUGGUAAGAGAGUUAGAUUACUCAGGAACGGUUACCAUGACUUUCCAGAAGAUUUUGUCCUCCAUUUGUUCCAAGACACCAACACGAAAGAUAUCACCUGUGGCGUCCGGUACUCAAAGUCGUUGUUUGACGAAGAAGUUGCACAGUGCAUGGUAGACGACUAUGUCUCAUUGCUCUCCACGUGUCUUAAAAACCCCAAAUGGAGCCUUUCGGAAAUCAUCAACGCUGUAGAAAUGACAGCCUUAAACUUCAAGUCCGAUACCGGGAGCGGCAGGGAUAAUCAUCAGUUACCCAACCAAGCAGCGUCACAUAAGAAUGGCAAAUCCAUACAACAGCAAGCAGUUCAUGGACUGAUCGAUCCUCGACCCACUGAUGUACCACAUCUGACGAGCAAUGGACAUUCUGACUAUCCAACGGUCAAUGGACGAAGUGACAGAGUCCCAGGGAGGGAUGAGCUGCAGCUGCUACACUCUGACCUCUUGCGGAAGCUCCAAAAUGGUACCAUAGUAAGGAAGGUGACAUCUACAGGGCGGAACCACAAAAGAAGGCUCCAGUUGAUGGUGGAGAAUCAAACGACUGCAAACCUUCAAUGGGGCUCCAACAAGGCCAGACAGCUUGCAGUUUCAAGCAUCUCAAGUAUACAGUGUUUCACCGCGGAAGGAAAACCCAGCCUCCGCUUAGUGACUAAGCUGCGAGACUUCACCUUUAUGUUCAUCUCCCAUGAUGACAUGGAGAGCUGGAGACACGCCCUGUGCACCCUGGUUUCCACAGCUUCGGAAGCAGAUUCAGCGAGCGAAGACACAUACCUUUAAGGUACACUGAGACCCUUUCAUGUCGGACACGACUCAGGUAUCUCCAGCCUCGCCCCGGCCCAGACACGGCCCGCGCCCAUGAGCCCCCCUCACAUUUCCCUGGUAGGGAGAAGAUAUUGUUUUGCUGGUGUGUUCUUCCCCUUCCUGUUCAGCCUGUAGCCAAUCAGAGCUUACCUUACAUGUUAGCUGCUAUUGUAAAUAUGAUCAACUCGCUCACAAUACUAUAGACCGAGCCUAAUGAUAUCGAUACAGUAUUGUGUGCGAGUAGCUUGAUAAAGCCUACGAGGAAAACAUCCUGCAUUCUCGCGAAAAUAUUUCUAGUAAUAACAUAUAAUUUACAAGAGGUAAGCGCCAACAUUUGUAGCAGGAAGUCAGAGUUCAUUGCAUCACAUGUCUUCAAGUAGUUGAAAGAUCUUGAAAUAUAUAACUACAUGGGUCACCAGGAAUUCGAACACAAAACUUUUAGAUUUCUAACUACAUGCGGAAUUACAGGGAUGCAAAUAUGGUUUAUGGGCGAAUGUUAGGUAUGAUCAAGAGUGGUAUUUGAUCGUCGAUGCCAUUUACGUAAUGCUGUCAUGUGUGAAGAAUGCUAUGUAUUAGCAUCUCGUGUUUUUACCAAGCACAAUUUUAUCUCUAUAAUCUACCCAAUAGUCGACUAUAUUUUUGUGUAACGCUAAUUCAAAUACAUUUUUUUCCAAAAUACUCUUUUAUAUGUUAGUCAUUGUUAGGGCUAUGCCAUGUAUUGUUUUGAGUACAAGGUCAAUAGUUAUGUCUGUGUUUUCAUAUGUUGAGGAAUAUUUCUUGUGGAAUAUUUUAACAGAAGGUUAGAGGCUUUCAUUUUUUUUAGAUUUAUGUAUGGUUUUACUAUGAAAACAUUUAAAAUUUCACCCUGAAACUAGUAAGUAGCUCCAAUUUCAUCAUGUACAUACGUGUAUUGGCGCACUUUAAACAUUACAUUAUCUCUACAUACUAUAAUUUUGAUUCAUUGUAUCCAAGAAGUAGUGUAAAAUUCAUACGAGCUAUAAGAUUACAUGGUUGUUAGGUUCGGCACAUGGGUAAGGUUAAAUGCUCACAGAAACGUAAAAUGUUAAUUAAGAUCUUGUAAUCUUAUACCAUGCGUACUUUAUUACUUGCCUGAAACAUUUCUCGCUAAGGCGUACGUCACUUUUCCAAACCUGGGCCCGGCCAGACAGCUUUCCGGAACAAAAUGUAUGACAUAAAAACGCCAAACUACACAAGACGUUAAGAGAAAAGUCGUGGGCAUGAUUUGUGUAUAUUUUACGUACGUGUAUACAUUUCUAUUUUUCAUUUUCACAAACAGUCCGGCCAGUCCCCGGGUUAGAAAUGUGACGUUAGCUUAAGCAGUGGUGACACAAUAAAAUCAUGUUAAAUGGUGAAA